AUGGGUUUCUCAGAGGCAUUUCAUCAAACAGAUACGGUGGGCUCUGAAAGUUGGGUUUUUUCUGCACUCAGAGGUCCUCUGAAGCCCGUCUUGACGAAAAUGCCGCCGGAGAAAAGUGUUGCCGCCUGUGAAGGAGAUGAUGAGCUGGCGACGACCCCAAAAUCCGAGGAAUCGAGGAUUCCGAGGAGUUUGAUCUGCCCGCCGGCUCCGAAAAAACGAAAAUCGGCUCCCUCGAAGAAGUCGUGUCGGGUUAGGGAGUUUUUUAAUCCGCCGGAUUUGGAGUCGAUCUUCAUACGCCGUGUCGAGGGAGCUCGAUUUUGA